GAGAAAAAUCAAAAGAGGAACAAUGAAUUUGAACCAAUGUGCCGUGUGCAAAGCAAUGAAAGUGCAGUGUUCAACCGCAUGUGUUUUCGCGCCGCAUUUUCCGUCGACGGAGCCUGAGAAAUUCGAUCGUGUGAACAGAGUUUUCGGAGUCCAAAACGUCUACAGGGUUCUGGGAAGGCUCCCACGGUCGCUACGUGAAGACGCAGUCGAUGCUCUCUGCUACGAGGCGGAGGCGAGGAUACGAGACCCUAUCCACGGUUAUAUAUUCAUGAAUGUUUUGGUGGUUCGUAGAGAUCCUCAGCAUCGGGAUGAGCCAAAUGAGAUUAAACCAGAGAGGUUUUUUGAGAACUCGCCUGAUUUCAAAGGUCUGGGAGAAGGAUUUGUGAGGCCAUUAACAUGGCCG